AUAAAAAUUUAAAAAGAUACGAAAGUUUUUAUAUAUUCCGUAUGCAAAGCGAGCUUUGCUAUGGUAGCUCUAAAACAACAAGCAAAAUGUCAACCUAUCAUGACGGAAGACCAAAAAAAAAAUAGAUACCACAAUAAUUCUCAGUUAUUGUGUCUUGUGUUAUAUAGCAAGUGAUUUUAUCUUUAUUAGAAAGCAGAAAAUAUGAGUGGGCCAAAGAGACACUGACAAUGGCAAUCAAACCUUGUCAGUGAAUGUUUUUGUUCCUGAUAAAUUGUUGGCCAUUGAUUGGACAAGAUGUGAAUAGGAUGCAUAGCUCAGACCAGUAGCUUUCCUUUUUCGGGUGUGGGUGGGGGUGAGAGAAAGGAAAAAAAUUCAUCCUCUCAAUGGGGCCAAACCAUCAGCUAAGUAAAACCAAAAGCGGGUGAAAUAAGGCCCCUUCCUCUUUCCAUAUAUCUUAGUUGAAAUCAUGGCAUCCAACCGUCUUUACAGUAAGGGUCGCGUUUUGGGUUACGAACGUGCCAAGCGCAAUCAAAACCCCAAUGUCUCUUUGAUUCAAAUUGAAGGUUGUCAAACUUCCAAGGAUGCUCAAUUCUACCUUGGUAAGCGUGUUGCUUAUGUCUACCGUGCUCAACGUGAAGUCAACGGUUCCAAGAUCCGUGUCAUCUGGGGUCGUAUUGCUCGCUCUCACGGUACUAGCGGUGUUGUCAAGGCUCGUUUCCGUAAGAAUUUGCCCCCAAAGACUUUCGGUGCUUCCGUUCGUGUCAUGCUCUAUCCUUCCAACAUCUAAAUUGUAUGAUAUCGUCGAUAUUUAAUUAAAAAAAAAGUGAUUUCUUUUUUGCAUACAACAUAUACGAUUUGAUAACGAAGCGUAACAUG